CUCGUGCAUGAGUCAGUAGGCUAAACGUAUCACACGUUCUAAGUAGUCUCUCCUGUUUGGAUGUAUUCUCUGCCUAUCCAAUACCAGCAUUCCUACUACGCCAUUCAAUCAUUGUGCAUUGCAUUAUAUAUAUCAGUGUCUUGGGUUCUUAGCUCUAACCCAUCAAAGCCUAACACAUAUAUGGAACCACAGUGGAGAGCAAUUUAGUGAAUAUAGAGAGAUAUAUAUACUGUGAGAAAAUGCCCUCCACAAAGGAUAAACUCUCUUCUUGGUCACUUGUAUGCUGCAGAAGUAGCAUUUCUUCAACUUCAAUGGAAGAAAAAGAAUUGAAGAGUGAAGAACCAAGCAAAUAUAGUUCAGGGUCAACUAAUAAGAAACCUGGAGGAUGGAAGGCUAUGCCUUUUAUUUUAGGCAAUGAAACGUUUGAGAGGUUGGCAGCAUUUGGUUUGUUUGCUAACUUUAUGGUGUAUUUGACGAGAGAGUUUCAUUUGGACCAAGUUUAUGCUUCAAACAUUCUCAACAUAUGGAGUGGUAUUACCAACUUUUUUCCAUUGGUUGGGGCCUUCGUUUCUGAUGCUUACGUGGGUCGCUUCCGAACUAUAGCUUUUGCUUCCUUUUCUUCUCUACUGGGUAUGAUCGUGGUGACUUUAACAGCAUGGUUACCAGAAUUGCGCCCUCCACCUUGUACUCCUCAGCAACAAGCAUUGAAUCAAUGUGUUAGAGCAACCGCACCUCAUCUAGGUGUUCUGCUUAUGGGACUAUGUCUUCUAAGCAUAGGUUCUGCUGGUAUAAGGCCAUGUAGUAUUCCAUUUGGUGUUGAUCAAUUUGACCCCUCUACAGAUGAAGGGAAGAAAGGGAUCAAUAGCUUCUUUAAUUGGUACUACACCACAUUCACAAUUGUUUUGUUGAUCACUCAAACAGUGGUUGUCUAUAUCCAAGACUCUGUUAGCUGGAAGAUAGGCUUUGCUAUACCAACCCUUUGCAUGCUUUGCUCCAUAAUCCUGUUCUUUGUAGGAACAAGGAUCUAUGUGCAUGUGAAGCCAGAAGGAAGCAUUUUUUCUAGUAUUGCUCAAGUUCUAGUGGCUGCUUAUAAAAAGCGAGCAGUUGAGCUUCCUAGGGAGAAGCAGGUAGAUGGGGUUUUCUAUGAUCCUCCACUUAAUGGUACUUAUGCUUUGUCAAAGCUCCCGUUGACCAACCAAUUCCGGGGGUUGAAUAAAGCAGCUGUAAUAUUGGAGGGGGAGCUAAACCCAGAUGGGAGCCGGGUAAAUCAGUGGAAACUAGUCAGCAUCCAGCAAGUAGAAGAGGUUAAAUGCUUAGCAAGAAUUUUUCCAAUAUGGGCUGCUGGUAUCCUUGGUUUAACUUCUAUGGCACAACAAGGAACAUUUACUGUGUCACAAGCCAUGAAAAUGGACAGACACUUAGGACCCAAAUUCCAAAUCCCAGCUGGUUCACUAGGAGUGAUAUCAUUCAUCACCAUAGGUUUGUGGGUUCCAUUCUAUGACAGGGUCAUGGUCCCAGCACUUAGAAGAAUCACUAAGCAUGAAGGGGGCAUCACUCUCCUCCAAAGAAUUGGAAUUGGCAUGGUGUUCUCCAUUCUAUCCAUGAUUGCUGCUGCAUUGGUGGAAAAAGUGAGAAGAGAUUCAGCAAAUUCGAAUCCAAAUCCAUUGGGAAUUGCUCCAAUGUCAGUGCUAUGGCUAGUGCCACAACUAGUCCUAAUGGGUCUAUGUGAAGCAUUCAAUGUAAUUGGACAAAUUGAGUUCUUUAACAGGCAAUUUCCUGAGCAUAUGAGAAGCAUUGCUAAUGCAUUGUUCUCAUGUUCUUUUGCUGGGUCUAGCUAUGUUAGCAGUGUGCUAGUAACCAGUGUUCAUCAUGCCACUAGAACACAUAGCCAUCCUGAUUGGUUGACAAAUGAUAUAAAUGCUGGUAGGCUUGAUUACUUUUACUAUCUGAUAGCAGUUAUUGGGGUCCUGAACUUGAUUUAUUUUCUGAUUGUGGCGCAAAGAUAUCAUUACAAGGGAAGUAUAGACCUUCAAGAUAAAGCUCAAGAUGUGGAGUUGGGUUCAAAGACAGGAUUAGAUUAUUAUAGCGCUACGUAUGAAGAUUCUAAAUAAAUUAGGGAAGAAAAAAAAUAUAAAUGUAUGCUUGUCUUUACUUUGGAAUCUAGACUAUGUAUUAAGUACAAGUAAUAUACUUACAAAUAUCUCAGGUUAUGCUUACCUUGUACCCAAACAAGUUUCAGUCGUUGUCUUAUUUUUUCCGUCC